GCUUACAGAACAUCCAAAUGCAAGCAAAUUGAUAUAUGCAAGCUUUUUUUUCAAUAGACUUGCCAAUGCCUUAUGCUUAUCAUGUGCUCUUUUACCUGGAAUGCUGCUGUUCAGAAAACAAAAAAGAGGGAAAAGCAGGAAUCAAAUGAGACACAGAAAGACUAAGCAAUAUCACUCGUCUCCAGGUUCAUUUUCAGGAGAAAGAAGAGGGCUUGAUAGCACUCCACUAGGGAAAAGAGCUUUUGCCUUUGUUGAUGACCUAAACAUGCCUGCCAAGGAGAGAGACGGUGCCCAGCCUUCCAUUGAGCUGCUGCAGCAAUGGAUUGACCACGGCUACAGAGUCCUGCAUUUCAACUCUCCGAUCUCCAACGCCAGCUUUAUUACCGAAAAGGGACAAGUAAAAUGAAAGAGAAAAUCCAGCAAGAUGAUCGGAGAUAUUAAACAAUACCUCCCUACACACACAAAGUACA